AUGAUAGUUUUAAUGUGAGUAAACAACGAAUUCAUUGAUCUGAAUCUGAAUCUGAAUCUAAAUUUUUCAGAACUUUCAUAUUUUUGGGAUGCGCAGCUCAAAAACAAGGUCCACCCGGACCAAUGACAUCACAUUUUGUAGAUUGGUUAAUUGCUCACGGGUAAUUUUUUAAUUGUUUUUUUUUAAUAUUGAUACAUUUAAUAUUCAUACAUUCAAUAUUUUUUCUCCAGAUAUGAAUCAGAUGCAUUUGAUCGUCCAGAUGUUGGACCACAUGGAAGUUUUGGAGGUCGCCGAAAAUCAGGUGAACCAAUUGAAAAAGAGCCAGUUAUUUUUAUUCAUGGUUCCGGGGAUGCUGCGCUAUUUACUCAACCACCAAUGGCAACUGGUUGGAGCAGGUUAGAGAAUAUUUUUGAUGUCUUAAACGCAGCUAAUCAGUUGGAAAUGAGUUUUGAGGUUUAAUUAAAAGUUCUUAGUUUAAGAUUCCAUUAUUUAUUUUUCCCAAAAUUCAAUUGACAAAACUCGCAGAAAAAUUAAUUAAUUUGAAAAUUUUUUGGGAAAUCCGUUCCAACUGGGUUAGCUAUUGAAUCUAGAAUAAAAUGAAUUCGAAAAUUUUGUAGAUCAAUCCAAUAUUUUUUGGAACAAAACUACACUGAAGCAGAAUUAUAUUCAACAACAUGGGGUGAUACAUGGGGAAGUGGUUCAAUGCUCGAUACUUAUUCAACAGUUCAUACCUGCGGAAACCUAAUAUACCUUCGUCGUUAUAUCGAAUCUGUUCUUGCUUAUACCGGAGCAAAAAAAGUUGAUAUAAUUGCACAUUCAAUUGGUGUUCCUUUAAUGAGAAAAGUUAUCAAAGGCGGUGGAUUAAUUGGAACUGAUGGAAAUUGCACACUUGGCCCAUCUUUGGGUUCAAAAGUUGAUACAUUCUUAGGAAUCGCUGGUCCAAAUUUUGGACUUUGUGUUUGUCAAUUAGCUCAAACUGUUCCAGCCUGGUGUAAUGCUUUAGAUGGAUUGUAUCCAGGUUAUACUUGUCAAGAUCAGGUAGAAUUUUGGAUUUUGAAAAAAAUUCUGAAUUUCUAAUUUGAAUUUAGCUAUGGUGCGGUUACACAUCUGGAAGUUGUAAACAAGAAAAUUAUUCGAAUCUUCUUCAAAAAACAAACGAUGAUCCAACUCGGGAAGCUGAUCAUGUUUAUGCAAUGUGGAGUGAUGGUAUUAUUUUUAAUUUUUUCCUGAAAAAUUCCAAUAAAAUUUCCAGUUGAUGAAGUUCUUCUAAAUCGCGGAAUGGUUUGGGGAAAACCAACAGCUCGAAUUCCUGGAAUGAAUGGAAGAUGGAUUUCGGAUCGAAAUGGACAUGUUGCAAUGAAAGAUUUGACUGAAUUACGACAAUAUGAAGCAGUUGUACAUCAUUCAAUUUGA